GACGCAUUACAGCUGGCUGGAAACUGAACAACAGUUUCACCGCCAGAGUUCCGCUCCACCUCGGUUCAUGGUACUUGGGCAGGGGGCUUGAAAGUACGUUUAGCUUCUAACGGCAGUGUCGGAAAUCCACAAGAAUCAGGUUUCCAGUCGUUCCCAAGGAACGUGACUUGAUCGUCUUCUAAACCUCAUAAACCCUUAGUAUUCCACCUGUCUCGCAACAAGUCCAGACAUUUGGGUAAUCGUCCCGUUCGUGUGUACCUUUGCUUUUUUUGGAACAAUAUGGAUAAUAUCAUAUUUGAAGACCCUUCGAAACGCGUAUCACGCAAGAAGCAAGCUGGUUCUAACGUUGCUUUACCUGUCGCAAGAUGUGGCAUGGCGAUCGAGCAAGCACCAGAACCGAUCGAUCCUUAUUUCAGUCACGAUACCAAUUUCGAUGCACAUAUCCAUGGCAAGGAACCGGUAUCUCUGUACGAUAUAUUCUCGUUAUCAGGCGACGAGGAAUUGGGAAAUGAGGACCUGAUAAACGGGUCACCGCAAGCUUUAUCACAGGGGAACAUUAACGGCCAGCAGGAAUGGUCUGUAUCUGUAUCUCGCGAACCGGUUGAGGAUAUUAUUCCGAUCGACCCUGCAAUCCUCGGAAAAGAAAACGUGAGCGAGGAAGAUGUGGAUGAGAAUGUUGCGCUUGACUGCUCUGGCUCAUCGUAUCCUACGUCGCCGAAAUCAUUAGCGCUACAUGGACAGGCUCAGAUUGUCGAGGAUACCGCACCUGUUUCUAAUGCAAACUCGGAUACACAGCGGUUAUCAUCGAAAAGGCGACUGAGCGAUAAAACCAAGGUGGAACCCCCCCUCAAACACUGUAGGAGUGGCUCGCCGACGGCAGAAGACCAGUGUACGUUGCAUUCAUGCUUCUCAGCGGCGCCACUUCACGAACGCCUCGAUUUCCUUGCUUGGCUCUUUAAGACUGGCUUAUUCGAAUCAUUGUCUGCAGCCAGUGUUGGACUUCCCUUCAUACAAGUCAAAGCGUCAGAUCAGCGUGUAGAACCUGCUCAAUCACGACAUCGUCGACCCCGAGCAGCCCGUAAUCGCACAUGCCCCACUUCAACCGAGUCCAGGAAGGGUAAAGCAUGGGAACCCGAUGAGAUCAAACUUCUCGUGCAGUUGAAGGAAGAUGGCUUGCCAUGGUCCGUGAUAGCGAGGAGGUUCGAAAAACGUUUCCCGGGGAGGUCGCAAGGCACUAUUCAGGUCUAUUGGAGCAAGAAUUUGAAAUAUUUGCAUUGAUUAGCAAUUAGAGUAUAGAGGGCACUAUUGUCAUCAGUCUCUGUGAAUCAGUCCCCGUAGCUAGAAAGUGAUCAAAGCUAACGCAUGUAUAUUUCUGAUGUGGCAGGUGAAUGCAUUCGUCUUUCUUCGAAAAAUGAGGGGUUAGGUCCUGAUUAAAAUACUUGUGUUACCUUCCG